AUGGGUCCCUUAAUGUUUUUCAGGAUGAAACACAAGUACAUACCAAAGCAGAAUAGAACCUCCGGCCAUUUGAAUUCAUCCAAUAAUGAUCAAUCUAAGCGCGUAUUCAAUAGACCCUAUCUAGUGCUAAGAUCCUAUUUUCAUCAGCAAGAAAGUGUAAUAGAGAACUUUGUGUCCACUAGCCAGCUCCCUGUCAAUAUUUUCACACAUCUAUAA